AUGGCUAGAAUAUCGUUGUUGUUAACAUUAGCUUUUUUCCUCAUGAUGAACAUCAGUAUUUAUCAAAUUUCAGGUGCUCCUCCUCCUCUAGUACCUCUUCCUUUCCCAACUACUCCUGCGCCGUCACCUUUUAUCGGUGGUGGUGGCGGUGGAGGAGGAGGUGGUGGAGGACGAAGUGGCACAGGAAGCGGUUAUGGCUCUGGAAGUGGUAGCGGUUUUGGAUGGGGAAGAAUUGGUGGAGGUGGUGGCGGUGGUGGAGGUGGCGGAGGUGGUGGUAGUGCUCCAGGACCAGGCAGUGGAGGAUCAGGCCAAGGUAGUGGCAGUGGUGCAGGCUAUGGUUCUAGUGGUAGUAUUGUUUCAACUCCUAGUCCUAGUGCCUAG